AUGAUAGCAUGUGAAGAGAAAUAUAAACAUUUGUUGUAUUCUGAAAAUACUUCCGAUACCGAAAUAGAGAAAGCGGUAGAUGAGUCAGAAAUGUAUAUUGAUCGAUGGAGAUCUUUAAAACAGAAGCUAGAAACACUAGUGAGUGAACAAUUAUCUUCUAAAAAUGAAAAUUUGAACAUUGUUUCGCAGCCGAACACUUUAUUACGUUACCCAAAAAUAAAAUUACCUACUUUUGACGGUAGUGUAAGAAAUUGGCUAUACUUUUGGGGUCAGUUUCAAAAAAUUGAUGAGGACAUUAAUAUCGAUUUUCACGAUAAAUUUUCGUAUUUAUCUCAAGCAAUGGAAAAAGGCAGUCCUGCUGAAGAAUUAAUUAAGAGCUAUCCCCCAGGGGGUAAUAGUUACGAAAAAGCUUUAAAACAGCUGAAAAUGCGUUUCGGCAGAGAGGAACUAUUGAUUCAGGUAUAUGUCAGAGACUUAUUAGUAUUAGUUCUUCAAAAACAGAACACUUCUAAAAAUUCAUUAAGAAAAUUGUUCGAUCAACUUGAGAGUAAACUGCGAUCACUUGAAUUAUUAGGUGUUACUAGGGAAAAAUAUGCUGCAAUGCUUUUUCCACUAGUUGAAUCAUCAUUACCCGAAGAAACUCUUGUUGCUUGGCAGCGCUAUAGAUCUGCUCAUCGUAGAAUUCGAGAAGUGAAUUUAGAUGAUUCAGACGAAAGUAAAACUAUAAUUGAGAAAAGUGAUUUAGAAUGCAUUUUAGAAUUUUUACAAGCCGAAGUCGAAGCUGAAGAACGCAUUUUUUUAGCCUCUCAAAGUUUCAACACAUCGAAACCAAAAGCAGAAGUAAAACAUAAUCUUUCCUAUGAGAAAAAGGUAAUAGAGAACAAAUGUAAGAGUAGAAAGUUUUCAAAUAUACCUAGUGCAACAGACCUUCUAACUUCAUCUCAAGUAUCAAAACAGUGUAUAUUCUGUUCUAAUUCACAUUUUUCUGGAGACUGUCUAAAAGUAAGAAAAAUACCUUUAAGGCAGAGGGAGUCACUGGUUCAACAAUCUCACAAGUGUUUUUUAUGUUUGAAAUCUGGACAUUCAGUCAAGGAUUGUAACUUGAAAGUUGGUUGCUUGUGUUGUGGUAAAAAACACCAUAUUCUUCUGUGUAGAAAGAUGCACCAAAUAACUAUGUCAAAAAACGAAGAAUCACCUGAAGUUGAAAAGAAAACUGAGAUUAGUGCUGAAGUGGAUCAAGCUCUUUCAAAUUUAUCUUCUACUCCGGACGUAAUGCUUCAAACAUUCAAAGUUAUAAUUAGAAUUCUUAGUCAACAAAUUAUUUGUAAGUCAGUGCCACCUACUGUGUGUUGUCUGAAAGAGUUAGCAGCCUGUAAUAUAAAUAUUGUGGAUGAUUGUCAAAAUCCUAUUGAGAUUCUUAUUGGGGCUGAUGUAGCUGGAAAACUCAUGACAGGUGGUCGUCGUGAGUUGCCUUGUGGUCUCGUAGCUAUUGAGACCAAAUUUGGAUGGUCAGUUAUGGGACGAAUGCCGAAUACUUCGAAAAGUGAGUUUUCAUCAUCAUCGUUCUUAGUUACAUCCUUGUUAUCUACUGUGGAGACCAUAACAGAUCUAUGGACUUUGGACACACUUGGGAUCACUGACCCAUCAGUCAAGAAAAACCAGACUGAACUACAAGAAGCUGCUCGGUUACAUUUUCUAAAUACAGUUCGUAUAGUCGAUGAUCGUUUCGAGGUUGAUUUGCCCUGGUUGGAAUAUCAUCCACCACUAACAGACUAUUUUGACUUAGCCGAGAGAAGACUGAACAAAACUGUUAAACGUCUUAAAAUCGAGUCCAAUUAUGAAGCUUAUGGAGAUGUUUUCAAGGAAUGGCUAGAAGAGGGAGUAAUUGAAGAGGCUGAUAAAAAUUAUCAAGGGCAAGUUCUUUACCUUCCUCAUCGAGAAGUUAUCAAAAAGAAUAGCACUACAAAACUCCGACCGGUAUUUGAUGCUUCGGCCCAAAAAAAGAUUGGUGUUAUUGCUGAUAUACGAAGAGCCUUUCUUCAAAUAAGUGUUUCACCUACUGAUAGAGACUUUUUGCGGUUCUUAUGGCUUGAUAGUGAUGGUCAACUGAAAGUGUACAGGCACUGCCGUGUAGUUUUUGGUGUAGCAAGUAGCCCUUUUCUUCUAAACUCUACUAUUCAGCUUCACCUACAAACUGUUUUAGAGAAAAUAGAAACCGGUGAAUCCUUAUAUACGAAAGGUGUCAUUCAAAAACUUAUGCAUAGUUUUUAUGUUGACAAUUGUGUCAGUUGUGUUAAAAAUGAAGAAGAACUCAAUCAUUUUAUUAGUGUAUCAACUGAGGUAAUGGCUGAGAGAAAAUUUGAGCUUAGAGGGUGGGAGUUCAAUGAUAUUAAUGCUGAUGCUUCUGCUGAUACAAAUGUGCUCGGUUUAAUAUGGAAUAAAAAAUCUGACACUCUAAGAAUAAAUACUGGUAGUAUAAAAGAGUUAUGUUUUGAAAAAGUGACUAAGCGCUUAAUCUUAUCUACAGCUCAUAGAUUGUUUGAUCCUCUUGGUAUAUGUUGUCCUAUCCUUAUCCCUAAGUUAUUACUUCAAGAAACUUGGAAGCAGAAGAUAACAUGGGAUGAAGAAGUUGAUACCUGUACGAGAACUACAUUUUUAAAAUGGUUGAAAGAUAUUGACUAUCUGGAAAAGAUCCAUUUUCCAAGAUAUUUUGGUUCAAGGAGUACGAGUGAAAAUACUUCAGUACAUAUUUUCUGUGAUGCCAGUAAGCAUGCUUAUGCCGUGGCUGCUUUCAUUCGUAUAAAAACUUUUGAUUCUACUAAAGUACAACUGAUACAAGCCAGGAGUAGAGUUACACCAACUGGAAAAGAAGAAACUACUAUCGCGAGAUUGGAAUUACUUGCAGCUACUAUAGCGUCUCGCCUUUCGUCCUCAAUUUUGUCUGAGAUACAGAGUGAAGAAGUUUACUUCUGGACUGAUUCUUCUACUGUUUUAGCAUGGAUAACGAGAGAAGAAGCCUGGAGUGUAUUUGUCCAGAAUAGGGUGAAGGAAAUAAGAAGACUAACAAAUAAAGAUUCUUGGAGACAUAUUCCUGGUUGCAUGAAUCCAGCUGAUCUUCCGAGUAGAGGUUGUUCAGCUCUCUCCUUAUUGAAAUCUCAGUGGUGGUUAGGUCCAAGUUGGCUUUACUUGCCUGAAGAAGAUUGGCCUAAAGGUGACUUAAAUUUAGAUGAGACUGAGAUUGUUAGAGAAAAGAAAAAGAGCAUAGUUUCUUCUGUAACUAAAUGUUUAGUUUCUGCAUGCUUGGUUACCAAGAGAGACUGGUAUUACAGAUAUUUUUCCCAAUACAAAAGGAUAGUUAAUCUAAUUGCCUGGAUCCUAAGAUUCACCUCCAAUUGUCGAACUGAAAAAACAGUGAGAAAGCAUGGAAACCUUGAUUCUGAUGAAAUUUUUGAGGCUGAGAAGUUAUUGAUCAAAAUGGUUCAAGAAGAUUGUUUUGUGAAUGAAAAGGAUGAGAAAUUAAGAACUUUAGGAGUAUUCAAGGAUCAAAGUGGAAUCCUCAGACUAAAAACUAAACUUACCUUUCGUGAGGAUACAGAAGACUUUAAAACGCCAGCUAUUCUUCCAUCCAAUCAUGAGGUUGUCAAGAGACUAGUGCGAUACUAUCAUGAGAAAAAUGCACAUGCUGGUACUCAAAUUUUAAUAAAUAUUCUACGAGAGAGAUUUUGGAUUCUGAAUGCUCGUAAAACUGUGAGAUCUAUCAUCAAUCAAUGCACCGUGUGUAGAAGAUUUUCUGCAAAGAACCUAGAAACUUGUACUGGGGCUCCUCCAGAAGAUAGAUUACGAGAAGCAGCUGUAUUUGAAAUCUGUGGAGUUGAUCUUGCGGGACCAGUAAUCCUGAAAGGCAACAAGAAAUCUUGGAUUUGUUUAUUCACCUGCGCCAUUUAUAGGGCAGUCCAUUUAGAGUUGGUUGAAUCGAUGUCUACUGAGAGUUUUCUACUAGCUCUUAGAAGAUUUAUAGCUCGUAGAGGACGGAGCAGAAUCAUAUACUGUGACAACGGAACCAAUUUUGUUGGUGCUUCAAAUGUACUUCAAGACUUAAACUGGAAGCAAAUCACUGAAGACACAUCUAUACCACCAAUUCAGUGGAAGUUCAACCCACCAACUGCCUCCUGGUGGGGAGGCUGGUGGGAGAGAUUGAUAGGAAUUCUUAAGAAAUUGCUGAGACGAGUAUUAGGAAGAGCUUCGCUAACUUCUGAAGAAAUGAACACGACUCUCUGUGACUGUGAAGCAGUAAUUAAUUCCCGUCCAUUGACAUAUGUAACUGAAAGUGAUGCUACUUUAAUGCCUUUAAGUCCAUCUCUAUUUCUGCAAGAUAAUCAAAUAAGUGGUGUUCCAGAUCUUGAUGACAUUGGGCAUAAAAGUCUUAAUAAGCGAGUCAAAUAUAGAGAAAACUUGCAAAAGGAUUUGAGAAACAGGUUUAGGUCUGAAUAUUUAGGAGCACUUAUUCAAAAAGCAGGAAACAAAAAAUCUGUGAAAGUGAAUAUUGGUGAUAUUGUAUUGAUAGGAAGUGAUAACACCAAGCGAAUCAAUUGGCCAUUAGGUAAAAUAAUUCAGAUUCUUCCAGGAAAAGAUGGAAUUACAAGACUUGUCAAGCUUAAAACAGCUAAUGGACACUUGCUAAGACCAAUUCAAAGAUUGUAUCCACUUGAAGUUUCCAACGAUGAUCCCAUUAUCGAGAAAUUUUCAACCGCGAAGGUGGGAGAGGAAACCUGUGCCCAUUCUUCCUUUGAUAAGGUGUGUGGACUUGAACCUCAGAUUCAAAAGACUAGAGCAGGUCGUACAAUCAAAGUACCUAAGAGACUAAACUUAUGA